AUGAAACAUCCACAAAAAAUAGCUGUUGAACUUGAUGAGCAGUCUUUGACAUAUGCUGAACUUCUACAUUAUGUUCAGGUAAUCGGUAUUAUGGGGAUUGAAAUGACCGGUGGUGCAUAUUGUCCAUUAUCACCUCGAGAUCCACAAUAUCGUUUACAUGGUCUCAUACAACAAACUCAAAGUCGUCUUGUUCUUGUUCAUUGGUUGACAAAAAAACAGCUUGCUGAUGGUAUUAAAAGAUUUGACAUUAGCUCGAUAUUGGUUAACAAUGAUAUGCAUAGUAGUGUUGAUAUUGAUCAGCUAUCGAACAUCAUAGUUAAAUCGGACAAUAUAGCUUACAUUAUAUUCACAAGUGGUUCAACUGGAGUACCUAAACCGGCUCAACUUCGACAUAAAAAUUUCGCUCAGUCCAUAAGAUCGCUAGUACUUAUUGAUUUAUUUAAUAAAAGUGAUACCGUCGUACAAAUUGCACGUUGCUCAUUUGAUAUCCAUGUUCAAGAAAUUAUAGGAACUAUAAUAAUUGAAAGUACCACAAAGAACUGUCACAUAUGGAAUUUAUGUGGUCCCGCCGAAACUACUCUGCAAUCUUUAUUUCAUCAAGUAAACUCAAUCAACGAUGAACAAAGUAUUCCGCUUGGUAUGCCACUUCCUAAUUAUCGCUGCAUAGCUCAAGAUGACUUUGAUCAACCACAAACUGUACAUUCUGAUGGGGAACUACUUGUUUCAGGUGUUGGAAUUUUUGCUAGUUAUCUUGGACGUGACGAUUUGACUGCAAAAGUAUUCAUUUAUAUAAAUGAUGAGUUAUUCUAUCGAACAGGUGAUCUUGUCCAUGUGGACAAUAAAGGAUUAAUACAUUACGUUGGUAGAAAAGACUAUCAGAUCAAAUUACAUGGACAACGAAUUGAACUUGGUGAAAUCGAGCAAUGCUUACUUCGAACAUCCAUUUCAGCUUGUGUUGUCAUGAAAUGGAAUGAUGAUCAUCUAAUUGCCUAUGUUCAAAGUUCUAAUAUUGAUGAAAAUCAGUUACGGACACAUUGCCAAUCACAUCUUCCACCACAUAUGAUUCCAUCUCUCGUUGUUAUACUUGAGAAAUUACCAUUGAAUCCAAAUGGAAAAAUAGAUCGAAAACUUCUUCCACCUCCUGAUUUUUCAACAAUGCACCUCGCUGAUCAUGAUAAACUAUUGUUACCAAUGAAUGAAAUUGAAAUUAUCAUUCAUGAUAUUUGGUGCGAUUUAUUGAAACAAAAGCAAAUCUCAACUAACACAAAUAUCUUCACUCUUGGUGGUCAUUCACUUGUCAUUAUGCAACUAUUUCAUCGAUAUAAAAUAGAACUUGAUCUCGAAACAAAUACUCUGUCUAUUAGUGAUCUUUUUCAAUAUCCAACAAUCAUCGAUCAUGCUCAACUCAUUUGUCAAACUAUUAAUGUGAAAGAGGCUGUCAAUGACUAUCACUGGUGUUCAUUACAUCUCAUUCAAGCUAGAGCAUCAUUUGCACAAGAACGUAUUUUCUUAGACGAACAAAUUCGUUUCUCAUCAACGAAUAAUAAUAAUAAUAAUAAUAACAUGUAUGUUAUUCCAUUAAUUUAUCGAAUUUCAUCUACGAAUGAUCAUAUAUCUAUUUCACAAUUACAACAUGCAUUUCAAUCUAUUAUAAGAAAACAUCGAAUUCUUCGAACAGCACUCUAUCUUAAUGCAAAUGGUACUAUUAUUCAACAUUGUUUAGAUACAAAUGCCAUUAUCAAUGAUAAGAAAUCAUCUAGAUUUUCAAUAAGUAAUCUUCCUAAUGAAGAACAUGAACAGAAUGAAAUUGUAAAGAAGAUUUUAAGUCAAACUGAUUUAUUUGAUUUAUCAAUAGGUCAUAUUAUUAAUUGUCAUAUUCUCCGUCGUGAUCAAUCAAAUCAUUCAUUCACUCGGAAUAAUGAUCUAUUGACUAAAGAUGAUCUAAUAUUAUUUACCAUUCAUCAUGCAAUGUUUGAUGGAGCAUCGACAUCAAUCUUUCUUCGUGAUCUUUUUCUUGCUUAUCAAUCUAAUGAGUUGUUCUCUAUAGAUGAUAAUUCAUUACAAUAUAUUGACUAUUCUAUUUAUGAACAUGUUAUGGAUAUGACAUUAUCUCAUGAAUUUUGGUUAUCAGAACUGAACGGGUAUAAUUUCGUACGCCAAUUAUUAUUACCUGUUGACCGACAACGUUCGUCAACUGAUCAACGAUCAGGUUUAGCUUCUACAGCUCAAAUUAUUUUCGAUGAUAAAAUAUGUAGAUCAUUUCUAAACUAUGCAUCAUCACAUCAUCUCACACCUUUUCAACUUGGAUUAUCGAUAUUUUAUGUGUUUCUAUUCAAAUUAACUCGUGGUGAGACUGAUUUAUGUAUUUCUUCUAUUAAUACAAAUCGAUAUCGAAGUGAACUAGUGAAUAUGAUAGGAAUGUUUGUUUC